UUUCACGAAUACUUCAUUCUACCGCAAAUCGUCCUAGGGUUAACAUCCUAGCCUAAUCAGUUCAGUGUUCGUGACAUUGAAGUGAAAGCCGGCACUUCCUGUUAUCUACUGUCGAUUUCCUUGGAAAAUUUUGAAAUAAAUUCAUGUUUUAGUAAAAAAAAAGCUGAAAAAUCGUGAAAUUCAAGAAUAAAGUGAAUGCUAAUAAUUGUUUAUAGUUAUCGAUCGAAGAGCAAUUUUCCACGAUCAUACUAAGUUUUCGUCGCAUCGUAGGCGAUAUUUUACCAAAAACGUUAAAACCCAAGAAUCACCGUCACCGCCGCCGAGAUGGCGUUCAUGAUGCCUGUUGUGAAGAACGAUUGGGACAUAUACCACUCGCAGCGGACUCGGCGAGCGUCCGAGUCAGCGGAGAAGGCGGGGUUGGGCGGCGGGCGCGUCCGCAAGGUGUCGGAGUCGCGGUCGGAGGGCCCGGCGCUGUCGCCGCGCGCGCACACGCUGAGCCCGCACCGCAGCGCGCCCGCCAUGCGCUCGCUGUCGUACUGCCGCGCGCCGCCCUCGCGCGCCUCGCUGCGCGCGCCCGGCGACAGCCCCAGCAAGGGCUCGGCUAGCCCGGGCGCCGCGCCGCGCGAGGACAAGUUCCACAGCAGGUUGGUGGAGAAGUUGAAGCGGGCGCUGGGCCGCUCGGAGUCGCGGCGCGAGGAGCGCAGCUCGUGAGCUAACGCGUGCUUGUGUGCAGGGCGCGCGCCGAGUCCCCGGAGCGGCACUCGCGCUGCGGAGCGUGCGUGCCCUACCUGUGACGCCGCCCGCGCCGGCUCGCGCCCGCGCUCGCGCCGACACACUAUCUGUGAUCUGUUUCCGAUAGUGAACUCGAAGAGAUGAGUAGACAUUUCAUGAAUGUGCUAACUAACCGCCUAAGGUCUUUCGGAUGCUGAGAACCUAACGUUUGAAGUUACACCGACACAAUGCAAUAGUUUUAGUUGUCAUACAUUGAAUCGCUUUCCUUAACUGUUGCAUGUAUGUUAGUCGUCACCGUACCGUAUAUCAUGAUGUUCAGGUUGUCAGUCUAAGGUUGUAAUAUGGAAGUACGUUGUAUGGAUUUUUAAGACUGCGUUUAGUUUAAGCACACCCUGGGGUUUGAUAAGUAUUAUUUGAAAAAUCACCCCGGUGGUCAUUAGUGGUUAGUUUGUGGCAGUUUGCGAAGGGUAUCUGUGAUUCGUUAUUUGUAAGUAAUGUGGUUUAAUUUAUUUAAGCUGAAAGGGAAAUUGCAUUCAGUUUUAUUGUUUGUGAGAGUCCUUAUUACCUAUGACAUAAUUGUAAUAUUUACCAACAAGUAUUCGUUUAGUCAAAAUUGUAUCAGAAUUAGUGGAUAUCUUUGGUAGAUGAUUUCAAUGAAAUUAACCAGCAGCUCUAUUUGGCAAUUAGUAAAGAAAACAAGUGAAUGUCAAUACGGUGGAGAAUGUGACAUUUGUUAUAGUAUUUGUACUGUAGUUGUAUUAAGAGUACUUUAUAUGAAUGUACACGUACACGUAGUGCAAACUGUCGAUAUUGAUAAUUGUAAGCAGUGUUGUAUUGUAGUCAUCGAUGUAAUAAUACAAUGAUAAUUUAUUUAUAUACCGAACGGGGUUCGGCCCUGUUUUACAAACAACUUUGUUAUGAUUUUCGCUUGAUUUUAUUAUGAUGUUAUCUUGUGACUGUAAUUGGACCAGCUUUGUUAAUAGUAUUAUCUAUCAGUGAAACUGAAAUCGAUAAUAGUGAUAUAAAGUAAGAUGUAUCAUUAAAUUCUAAAAUUAAGGCAUAUCUCGAUGAGAUUAUGAAGAGGGCAUCAAGGAGUGAUGUAUCGAUGUGUUUAUUUCGUUUGCUUAAAGUUCCUUACGCCUAUUCGACUGCCACUGGUAGUUAGGUAGACCUAGGUAAUUAAAUUUUAGACAUAUGCAUUAGUUUUGUACGAUAUCAAAUUCAAAAUCUUACAUUGUCAUUGAAUAUUGUUUGCGAACAUUACCAAAAAAAAAAUGCAUGAUUGUAUUGUCAACGAUGUCUGAUCUGAUGAUUUUAAACUAUUAAACACUAAAAUAUAAAGCUUAUUAUGA